AUGAAGAUUGACCCGUCUGAAAUCUCGGAAAACCCUAGCCCGCUAGUAGGAUUCUCAGGGGAGACCACUAUGGCUCUCUGGUCAAUUAACCUCAAUGUCAAAGCUGGAACCAUAGAAAAAAUCGCAGAGUUUCUAGUUGUCGACCAACCUGCGUCGUACAACGUAAUCAUGGACACACCGUGGUUAAAUCUUAUGCAGGCAAUUCCAUCAAUGUACCAUCUUUGCCUCAAAUUCUCAACCCCUCGCGGGAUCGAAACAAUCUGGGGAAACCCGAGGGUAUCACGAGUCUGCUUCGCCGCAGAACUAAAACAAAAAAUAUCAGAUUCCGAGACCACUCCUAGGAAAAAGUUGGCCUCCGACAAAAAAUCCCAACAACAAGAUUUGGCGGAACUCUUCUGGCAAUUGCGGAAAGCCGAGAUUUUAGAAGAAAUGCGCGAGCUAACCUGCGAACCCGUGGUAUCGGUAUGUCUUGACGAAGCAUUCCCCGAACGAUGCGUCGAAAUCGGAGCUUACCUCCAUGAACUUUUAAAGACUAAGCUCAUUACUUGUCUAAAAAAGAAUCUCCACGCAUUCGCUUGGGCUGCGGAAGACAUGCCGGGGAUUGCAAUCAACAUAACCUGCCACGCGCUGAAUAUCGAUCCAACAUUCAGACCAGUCAAACAGAAAAGACGAAAGUUGGGACCUGAACGCCGAAGUGGAAAGACUGCCUACAGUCGGGUCGAUAACAGAAGUAAGGUACCCGGAUUGGCUCACCAAUCCUAUAGUGGUCAAGAAGAAAAACGGGAAGUGGCGAGUCUGCGUUGA